AUGUCAGAACCGGAGUCGGUGGAUAUUGCUACGUUACCCUUACCACAAAUCCAAGAGAUAGCAAAGCAAUUCGAGCAGAAGAUUCAAUACAUUAGUGCCUCUCUACAGCAGCUCAGAAUGCUUCAGGGCCAGUUUGCUUCAUCUAGGGAUUGCUUGAAACAUUUCAAUGCGGAGAACAAGGAUAAAAAUACACUGAUUCCCCUCACUUCUACUCUUUGUGUUCCUGGGAAGUUCGUCAACCCGACUCGAGUGCUUGUGGAUAUUGGAACCGGCUAUUUUGUGGAAAUGGAAGUAGAUGAUGCUAAUAAGCACUUUACCAAUAGGAUAGAGUUUAUUGAAAAGCAAAUAGAGAAGGUUGCUCCUGUUUUGGCACAGAAAACGCAAGAACAUAGGGCUAUUGUGAGUGUACUUGAGGCCAAGGCAAAGGCGUUUAUGAAGGCACAAGGAAUGAAACAGACAUCUUAA